UCAUAAUAUGUCUUUUUUGAGGUUAAUUUGCAAGCAGAACUCAGAACUUCUCUGAGAAUGUUUUCAGUGUCGCUAAUUAGAAACGUAUUGCCAAAAGCACUGUGGGCGAGACAGUUGUCAAGUACAGCUAUAUUAAAGAGUGAAACUGUUAACGAUAAGCCAACAUUAGAAAUCCGAGGAAUAACUAAAGACCGCACCCAGAAAAUACCUGUUGAAACCAGCAUUAGAUAUCUGAAGAGCGCCGCUUUCAAACAGACUUACGAGGGUCAACCCGUUUGGGUGGCCUAUAGAAGAAACCACAAAGGAGCUUUUGCGCCUAGAAAGACACGGAAAACUUGCAUUCGUCAGGGACAAAUAUCAACUGGUAAUCCUUGCCCCAUUUGCAGAGACGAAUAUCUAGUUUUACACGAAGAAAAUGUGGACCUGUUGAAGCAGUUCAUUUGUCCACACACGGGCAGUAUUUUAAGUUAUAGUAAAACCGGCAUCUGCCAAAGAAAGCAUCAAGAAUUGAUUGUUAGCAUCAAACGGGCUUAUGAUAGAGGUUUGUUAACAUUCGACGUCCCAUUUAGAGAAUACGAUUACUCUGAUUAUUAUCGUGAAAAUCAGUAAGUUAUGGAGGCUGUUUUUGUAAU